GCUGCAGCACCAGGGGAAUCGGGCUGUGGCAGUGCGCGGGCGCUUCAUGGCCCUGCACUGGCCGGCCUCCCCCUCCACUGCGGCCUUCCUGGCCUUCUGCACACCAGUUGCGCAGUUGCCUGCAGAUGGCGAUGCUGGUUCCCAAGACGACCUAUUCCAGAGCACGCACAACUUGGACAUGACAUUUACUGAUGUCACGGAGAGUGUCAUCUACCACCUUGGCUACCGCAGGGAGGAACUGAUCGGUCAGUCAUGGUACAGCCUCCUGCACCCUGAGGAUGCUGACCUAGCGGCUGCCCAGCACAGGGCUGUGGGUGAGUGUCAGGCCUGGGAACAUUCAUGUCUUCCUCCUGCCCGCUGUGGCUCCCUGCUCCGAAAAGCACGAAGCAGCAAACUGGUCACACGCCCCAUACACCACAUAAGGUCACAGGCAGCUUCCAGGCUCGGGAACAUGGGCACCCUGCUUUGCCACAGUACAGAGCAGUGGGACAAGCCCGCUUGAGCCCCAGCUUUUGGAGAGAUCAGGACAGUUACAGGCCCGAUUCUGCCACCUGUGGCUUCUGUCCCGCUGGAGCCAGAGCGGCAGCCUGGCUA